GGACCUUGACUCAGAAACUUUCCUCGCCGUUAUAAAGCUCGAUCGCCGUAUGUUUCUCCCAUCGAAAACUCGUUCGAACAGUCCCCUACUGUAUUUACUUACUGCGCCGCCUUUCCUACAGGGUAAUACGCAAAUGAUCCUACGGAUACCGAGAGCUUAUAACCCCCCCGUACCUCGCUAAUCGCCAUCAAUUACUCGUACUGCCUCGGGAUUGAGAGCUGGGAGACCCACCUCACCACCAUCAUGGCGACUUCCGCUAGAGCGGAUAAACAGAUAGCCCACGACCGACGGCGCGCAGGAGAGCUUGCGCUAAGCGACUUUGCAGAAUAUGUCGAGCAGCAGCAGAGACUCCGGAGACCGGGUGGAACAGCUGCUAGUGGUGCUGCGGAAGACCACGAUGAGCUUGACAUUAUUGAAUCUUUAGGACUUCCAGAGGACUCACAGCCAAACUCAGCUCUUAGGGAUCUCCUCUUGGGCCCUCGUGAAGAGAAUGGUCCUCGCCUCCGAGCGCUUCUGUUGUCGAGAAUAAAGGAGGGACGUGGGGAAACAUUGUUCGAGGUCGGGAUGGAUAAUAACAAUGCCGAGUCAAUGGAGUUCACCGGGGAAGAAUACGAGCAGGCGAUUCAGUCGGUUAAAACUGCAGCCACAGAGAUUAGCGCAGCAGUGACGGUGCUCAUGACAAGCGACCUUGGUGUUGAUGGGGGAGAACCGACAGAUGGAAAAGGUGUAACAUCUACGGUGCUGAUACGCCAGAAACCCGCGUCUCUCGAAGGCCUGUUGGAAAUUAGGGUUGCUGUUGUCGGAAACGGUAUAUAUCACGCACUCCUUUCCAUCGCGGCUAAGGUUGUUGACCAUAUAAUAUUAUACUCCAGUCGAUGCGGGCAAGUCAACUAUGCUAGGGGUCCUAACAAAAAAUACACUUGAUGACGGCCGAGGUAAGACUCGUGUCAAUCUUUUUAGACACAAGCAUGAGAUCGAGUCGGGAAGAACUAGUUCCGUGGGUGUGUAUCUCUUGUUUUCUGCGCUCAAAUUUCCUUCUUAUAAUUUCAUAGGGAUGGAAAUCCUUGGGUACGACGCUGAGUCCAAAAUUGUGGGAAGCAAUGAUCCCGGCCGGAAACUCAAAUGGGACGAGAUCGGGAAUCGUUCUGCCAAAGUUAUCUCAUUUACUGACCUUGCUGGUCAUGAGAGAUAUCUCCGCACCACCGUCUUUGGUCUUUUGGGAACUUCCCCGGAUUAUGUGAUGCUGAUGGUGGCUGCGAAUAACGGCCUGAUUGGGAUGUCUCGUGAACAUUUGGGUAUUGCGCUGGCGUUGAAUGUUCCGGUUUUGGUUGUGAUAACAAAAAUUGACAUUUGCCCGCCCCAAAUUCUCAAGCAAACCGUUGAUCAAAUAACCAAAAUUCUGAAAUCUCCUGGGGCACGGAAAAUACCAAUUUUCAUCAAGAAUCAAGCUGAUGUAGUCAACACCGCGAAGCAAUUUGUCAGUGAGAGGAUUUGCCCAGUUUUCCAGGUUUCAAAUGUCACUGGCGAAGGCUUGGAUUACAUCCGCACGUUCCUGAACAUCUUGCCAUUCCAUGGAAAGUUUGAUACUGAUACUUCCUUCGAGUUCCACGUCAACGACUGCUUCUCGGUACCAUUCGUUGGGACUGUGGUGUCCGGAGUCGUUAAAAGCGGUGUGAUCCAUGCGGGUGACCCGAUACUCAUUGGCCCAGACAGCUUGGGGAACUUUAUCACUACCUCCAUCAGGUCUAUUGAGCGAAAACGUAUAGCAGUCCCGGUCUGCUCCGCUGGCCAAAGUGCUUCGUUUGCCCUGAAAAAAGUACGACGAAGGGAAGUGAGAAAGGGGAUGGUUGUGCUCCCAAGAGGCGACAACCCCCCAAAGGCGCACCAGAGAUUUGUUGCAGAAGGUAUCAUAAGGACUGGAUACAGCUUUGCAUCUUACAUUCCCCACACAGAAACCUACGAUAUCUAAUGUUCUGGCAUUGUUUCUUAGUCCUCAUCUUAUCUCACGCAACCACCAUAAAACCGAAAUACCAGGCCAUGUUGCAUGUCGGCCCUGUCAGUCAAACUUGUCGAAUCAUCGAUAUCAAUAAAGACCUCAUGAGGACCGGUGACAGAGCUACUGUUGCCUUUGAAUUCUGCCAGAGACCGUAAGUCCUUUAUGAUCACCCUCACCCACCUUCUGAACCUCCCAUUCUCAUCCAGCGCGCAGGGAGUACCUCUGCAUCGGCGACAAGCUCCUAUUCAGGGAGGGUCGAACAAAAGGCCUUGGGAUAGUCAAGUCCCUGGGCUACGAUACAAAUGCGCCGCUGGAGCGGGAUGAAAAGGGCAAAUCGAAAGGGUCAUGAUGAACUCUCACAAUGGCCUGGUUUCAUAGCAACAAAAGAAUGCCCUUGAUGCUACUCCUCGAUUCACUCGUGCCUUAACCUAAACACCGCCUCAUAAUAGUUACAAGCAACAGAAUGUACGAAAUGGGAGGGUUUCCUGGUGUCUCAUCAUGAAUGUCUUGAUUGAUUGCUUAUUUCUCGUUUGGCCUCCCUUCCCUUUUUUUUUAAAAAAAAAAAAGACUAACAAAAAAAACAUUUCCUUCCUUCUUUCCUCCUAUGCUCACGUUUAUGUUUUGUGAAUUCCCCCCAAUAAAAGACUUGGUGGGAAGGUUGAGAACUGCUGUUUCACUUGGUUUCGCUCUUUCUUACUUUUCUGUGUUUUUGUGUUUUUCUUUUUCUUUUAGUUCUUAUAUAGAAAAAUUUCAGUUUACGAGUCAUGUUGAACGGUACCCACCUAUCAUACUUACAGUACGGCACCUGCACCAUAUCUUCACGAGCAUGGUAUGGUACCUACUCUACAAAUUGUCCAUUUGAAGAAAAAUGUGGUAUAAAGUUUCGAAGCAGCGAGCGAGAUCUUGGAAUUUAAUCAUUAAAGUAUUUAUGCGGUGCACUAACACAGUACGAGUACUCGAGUACUGUACAGUACCGUAUCCAGAUUCCUAUCCGUUGCUUUUUUCCCCUUCGAUCUAUGCACGUACCGUGCUGUAC